GUUGCUUUGCCUGUUGUGAAUUUGUGAUCCAUUAAAUCAAGCGAUUGUAGAAGAAGGAGGAAAGAGAUGAGCCUCCUUCAGCUUCCCGAUUCCCUUCAGAUUUGGAACAACGCCGCCUUCGACGACGGCGCCUCCGCCUCCAAGAUCUCCUCCACUCCUCCUCCUCCUCUGCGGGAGGUCUCCACUAACUCUUUUGCGCAGGUUGACCUCGAUCCCUCCAAGGAGAAUCGAGGGCCUGAGGACAUCAGGCCCCUCCUUGAUGCCGCACUGCCGAAGAAGGCCCCCCUCGUUUAUUUCCGGGACGACGCCAAGGUCGAUGACACCGCCCUCGAUGACGAGAUCUCCCGGAUCGAGGAAGAGAUCGCGCGGCUGAAUUCGAGGCUGGAGGCACUUCGGGCGAAGAAGGCGGAGCGGGAGUCACGGGGGCGACAGCCGCGCGGGAGGAUAGUGCCCGCCAAGUUCAUGGAUCCGAAGCAGGGCUCGGCGGCGAGGAAUCCAUGCACACCGGCUUCGAAGAGGAUGGAUCGGGCGAUAGAGGUGACGCCGGCGAGAGCUGGAACCCGGCGCAGAGGAGUGAGCCUGGGACCCUUGGAAAUCCUUGCGACCCCAGGGAGGCCUAUCGGUUCGAGGCCGAGCCCGGCUAAGAAUCUUUGGCCAUCGGCCUUGAAGAAGAAGACCGAGGAGUCUCCUGCACCGAUUGAGAAGGCUGAUCAUCAAUCAGGUAAGGCUAACGAAACCCCUAUUGGAUCAGUUCAUGAUCACAAGAUACCAGGUUUAGGGAAGCUGGAAAACAUGGAAGAAGAUGAGGAAGCGACAAAAAGAAAUAAUUUCAACCCUAAAUCUCAGCCUCCGGGCACUGCAAUGAAGAUGCCAAAUGCAAAAAUGACGCUGGAUACGCCAGGUAAUGCUAAUAACAGGCGAAGGACUAUCAGUCUUGGGCCUCUUGAGAUAGUAGCCAGUGCCCGGUUUCGCUGGCAGAAUAAUCUCCAAGAACACACAGAAAAACCUGUCGAUAAGCAGCCAAAGCGGAGUUCGAGCAUUAGCCCUGCAUCUCUGAAGCCAUCCGCCAGCGCCAAGAAGCAAGUCACAGAUGGAGCUGAUAAAGGAACAAAGGAAGGUCCAUUUCAAGCCCGGUUUCGCCGGCAGAAUAAUCUCCAAGAACUCACAGAAAAACCUGUCGAUAAGCAAGCAAAGCGGAGUUCAAGCAUUAGCCCUGCAUCUCUGAAGCCAUCCGUCAGCGCAAAGAAGCAAGUCGUAGAUGGAGCUGCUAAAGGAACAAAGGAAGGUCCAUUUCGAGGAAUCAUUAUGCGUAAAGCUCUGUUCCAGGAGAACCAGAGCUCUGCUUCUUGCAAAAGGCCAUCAACAGCUGCUAAAGGAAGAGUCGUCCCAAGCCGCUAUAGUUUAACGACCACCACCGGUGAGAAACAGGGAAACAAACGCGGUAAAUGGUCAUUGCCUGAACUAAGCAGGGGGAAUACUAGUGCUCUACUGACAGGAUCUGAAUUGGAGGAUCAAAUGAAAACAUAUUCACAAAUGUUAGAUGAUUUGGAUGUGGUAGUGAGUUCCCUGUCCUUUACUCCAAGCUCUCCUCAAUCCAUCAUGAAGCUUGCUGCAAUGCUUCCAAAGAUCAAAACUUUGAGACGCAACACUCAAAGCCCUCGCGAUUCUGGAUGUGCAAAAGGAGCUGCUGAACUGGCCGGGAGGCAGCCAUUCUUAGCUGUGUCAGAGGAUGAGGUGCUGAAUUCUCCUCUUACAUUUCCCCAAGACAAGUUUGCAGAUCAGCAGCCAUGAUCAGAAAAAAUGCUUCAGUUUUUGAUAUCUUCAUUUUGUUAAUGGCAAUUUGCAAUUUAGUAGUUCAGGAAGUAAUAAUAGUAGGACCAUUCUCUUUUACUUGUAAAAAGUACUUGAAAUUGAAUGUCUAUAUCAAAUAAUAGUUUUCAGGAA